AUGUCCCGCAGACCAGCCUUCGAAUACGGGCGACACCCUGAGCCUCCGCGUCACGCCGAAUCAUCCACGGCGCACCCAGGCACCUGCGACUCAACCCCUGGCGUCCAAAAUCCGCCUCGCGUCAAGUCGCCACCGCUCGUGAACGAACCCGAUCCUGUUUCCCUCCUACCCAUCGUCGACCUAUGGUAUGAACUAGAGGAGCAUCUUCAGCAAGAAUCAAUAACGCGUCCAGACGAGAUCGAGGAGGAAGUGGAAGCCGUGCAGCGGUAA